CGCACGCAGUGCUCCGAUGCGCGUCGCUGGUAGCGCAUGUAGGUAAUUUACGGUGUGCCGGUCGACGGACUCGUGGGUCGUGGGUCGUGCUGGUGGCGGCACGCACGUGGCGUCUGUCGGCGAGGGUAGACGGAAGGGUGGACGCGAGGCGGAAGCGAGGCGAGGAGCGGCGACGGGAGAGACGCGAGAUAACGCCUGACGGGGGAGAAUUGGCAGUCUCGGAGGACUCGCGAUGCCGGCUGAUACGCUGGUCACGUUGUUAUUCAAGACCACGGGCCUUUCGCUCUUCCAGAGGGACUCGCUGUAGCGCGCCACUCGAUCGCGAGGCGUACGUCCCUGCGAGGCGACGUCGCUCUUGAGUAAGCUGGGAGCCGUCGAAGAACGUGAAGUGGAUCCUGGGGGAAGAGGAGCCGGCGAGAACGCGAGGGGAGGAACGUCGAGAAGGAGAGAAUUCAGUGCGCCGCGUCAGGAUCGACCUCGGCACCGCUUCCACGAUGUCGUACGCCAAUCGAUUCCCGUCCACUCAGCACACUCGUUAUCGCAGUAGCUGGGGACCAUCCUCGGUCUCUGUCUUCAACCGCGCCGAUGUGCCGCGACCCUCGCCAGAAGAGGAAGAGUUCGCCGACUUCUAUCACGAGCGGCUGCACUCGGCGCAGAGUCGUCAGCUGAUACCACUUCAGGAAGACUUGGCGGAUUGGAUUAACAAGACGAUAAAUGUGGAUUACAUAACGGGCGACAAUUUCUUCGACGUGCUCGACAAUGGCGUGGUUGUGUGUCGACUGGCGAGAGUCAUCCAGGAAAAAGCGAGAUCCGCGAUAGACGCCGGACGGGCGAAAGGACCAAUGCCGGUGAUAAGAGGCCGCUGUUGGGAGAACGCCGCGCGGCGCAGCUUCUUUUCCCGCGACAACAUGGAGAACUUCAUCCAAUUCUGCCGGCGGUUGGGCGUCCACGAGAAUCUUCUCUUCGAAAGCGACGAUCUCGUCCUACACGGCCAGCCACGGAACGUGGUGCUGUGUCUGCUGGAAGUUGCGCGACUGGCAGCUAGAUAUUCCUUGGAGCCACCCGGGCUCGUGCAGCUCGAGAGGGAAAUUGCGGCAGAGCAGGAAAGGGAUCUUCACUGUUUGUCCGAUAGCGGCAUAUCUCACAGCAGCCUCGUCUCCUGGCAGUUCCAGUCGCCGUCGCCGACUGCGACGCCCAGAACCCCGCCGGAGAAGAUCAAACACAGCAGCUCUGCGUCCGAAGUUACGACUACGGCCACUCGAUGGUUGGACCCGGUGACCGGUGCCACGCACGAGCCCGAAAUGCGGAGGUCCGUGAGCGACAAUGGUCCGACUGGCAGCGACGGCGUGCCGAGCGACACGACGGAGGAUGACUGGUCCCGUGGUAGCGCCGAGGACCCGGACGAGGUGCCGUCACCGUCAAGCUCGCCGUCACCGUCGCCGGCUGAACCACCGGAGCACACCGGCCCGAUAACAGAACUCGAUCGCAAGGUGCGGAGAGCCACCGAGGCCGUCCAGAGACUUUGCCAGUGCCCGUCGGAAAAGUGUUCCAAGUUAAAGGUGCGCAAGGUCGGCGAAGGCCGCUAUCACAUCGCUGGACGUAACGUCUUUAUAAGGCUCCUCAAGGGAAGACACAUGAUGGUGAGAGUGGGCGGCGGAUGGGACACCCUGGAGCAUUUUUUGGCGAGGCACGACCCCUGUCAGGUGAGGGUCCUCAACCGCGAGAGCACACCGCCACCCGCUCACGGCAACAAGCACGACAGCUUCCUGCACAUUCGCGCCAAGUACCGCAGCCCGCCGUCGGAGCCAACCUCGCGCCGGUCGUUAGCCUAAGAGCACGUAGUGCCUAAUCACGCGCCCGUGCGACCAUGCGACUCCGUCUGCCUCUCUCUCUCUCUCUCUCUCUUUCUCUCUCUCUCUCUCUCUCUCUCUCUCUAUGUCUCUCUUUCGCUCGCUCGCACGCGUGGCGCACGUGCGACUCAAGCAUCCUGCUCCUUAUACGGCUACAUCACCGCUACAUCCUCGCGUCUCGUCCCAUAGGGGCAGCCGAUGAUCCUCCGACUCGCGGAACACACGUCGACGUGCGGCGUCGCGUCGCGUCGCGCCGCGUCGCGCGCCGCCAAAUGACGCGACGAAAACGCGCGGCGGCUCGAGUUACCGUAGAGACGCGCAAUUUGCGCGACUCUCUCUCUUUCUCUCGCGUAUGAUACAUUCCUCUUGCCCAACUACUCUCGGUGAGUUGGCGACUUUGAGGGAGAACGACGGCAGUGGCCGAGAGCUUGCGGUUACACUCACAUGUAUACACACUCACAUGUACACACACUCACACACAUGCACAUAUUCCGAUAAGUUGUUCGCAAUGUUACCCGUGAGUCCGCCGGCGAAAAUCACGGUACGCACCGCCUAAGCCAAUUUGCAAUGAUGCCUCCUCUUCCUUACACUCGUACCUACUAUACACCUCAGAUCGUGUCAAGUGCGUACGCGCGUGUCGUGCUGCUGCAAUACGUAAUAACGCGUCAGUCACGGUGUAGAGACACACACGAAUCACUAUUUUUACUACGUCGUAAAGAGUGGUCGAGUAGCAUGUGUGCCGAAUGUGUGUAUCCUCGUAGACGUCGCAAUACGCCGCGGUUUCUGACGAAACCAAUCGGGCUAACCUGAGCUGAACACCUGAGGUUCCCAAGUGUGAGCAGCUUGGCCGGGUCUCCGAAUGCAGCCGGGGUAGCUUUGGCUAGUCUGUAUUAAUCGUAGACGUGCUCCAACUUACGCUUCUAUCUUGGGUUAUUAGUUCUUCAGGUGCUGAUGCAUUUUCCGCGCGUCUACUUGGACAUUCUUCGGCGGGUCCCAGGAAGUGUGAUGCACUCGGUAGUGGUAGUGUUAAGAUCGCAAUGACCAAACAUUAUUUUCAGAACUGUGUCGUCACGAUGUAACCGUAAUUACUGAUAAUAUAACGAUAACGGUAAUUUUUGAAUAAAUAUUCACUUUCUUGAUAAGCUCAAACGUACUGCGCUUGUAUGUGCAAUAAAGAGAAGAUAAAAGUGCAAUUAAAAUCUCAGGUAGGAUAUCGUCCGUAUAAAACGUGUCAUGCCUUAAGGGAAGAUGAAUGUGUCUCUCUUCACGACGAAAUUUCUUUGCAACAUGAUUUCUUCGAGCGACUAUCGCCGCUUAUUCCACUUCACAGCUCGAUAACAACGCAAAUACCCUGCAAUCGGGGUAUCUGCGUGAUUGUCCUCGUUACUGAAGUCAAAACGUUGUCUUUAACGUGCAGCAUCCAGCACAAUUUUGUUUUGGUCAUUGCUAUACCUUGCAAACUAAUACAUUAUUAUAGCGCACUGUCAUAUUUUGCGACGCGCGAGCACGAGGCACUUAUGAUAAUCACGUGGGGUCGGCCUGAUCAUGUACACACUGUAUACUCCAAGCUCCAUCCGAUUCAAGAACCGUUCUCGUGGGGGAACCUAUUCGAUUCGUCAAACUGACGAAUUUUUUCUCAUUCCCAUAACUGUACUGUUACUUGCGAGAGUCAAUUAACUGUCACCGGAAAUGUGGCACAGCUUGGAACAUCUGUCCGCUUUUGAAGUAAGCUCUUGAAUAUAUAUAUAUAUAUAUAUAUAUACAUAUGUUCGCUGUGUCACUCGUUUUUAACUCUGGUCAGCGGUUCUUGCUACUGCACGGUUCUUGUACUUCAGCCGGCCCUGAGAGUUAUCGGCGCACUUUAAGCAUUCGAUUAAUAUGUCUCCGAUGCAACUCACUUGUACCGUCUAACAUGUAAAAUGCUACAUGAUAAUUGCUACGAUACGUAUAUAUGUUUUGUACUUUUAUAUAAAUACCUAGAACGUAAGGUGGUAAUGUGGUCGGCGAGAGAUGAUGAUUAAACUGUCUGAUUGUUCGGCUUACAGAAAUGCAAGGGUACAGUAUGCAAGGGAAUACCAAAGCAAAGAAACACGCGACGAGUAAUGUCGGCUCGUUGAGGCUAUCUAGAGUCAUCAGUCGCGAUCGGUUGCGUCAUGGAGUGUUGUCAAUUGUGGUAAUCCGUUCAUCGUCUUCGAUUAUCCUUUGCGAAGUAGAGUCAUGCGAUUUGCACGUAGGAAGGUUAGGUUGGACGAGUUAUCGUCGAAUAUAUAUAGAGCCUUGCGUUACACAGCUACGAUUACUUGCAAAAAAGGGUCACUUCUUACACUAGUAACUUAAACCGCCCUGCCUGAUCAACGCAACUUCGCCAUAUUAUGUAACUGUAAAUACGUUACCCCGAUGUGUGGACGAACAGUUAGUUAAAGUUUAAGUUAAUCGUACCUGCUUUACACACACACACAUACACACACAGACAGCGUUAAUGUUUGUCAGCGGAUUUUGCAUAUUAGUUAUAUAUAUAUUCUAUGUGUGUAAUAUAAGUUGUUAAUUUAUACACGGUCGGCUGCCUUUUUAUCAGGAACUACGCAAGGGACGUUUGAAUUUUGUCGAUGUGCGCUGAUAUUAUUACGAUGCACACAUAUCGUAGCGAGUAGGAGACAUACUUUGAUGAUACUGUAAUAUUAUCAAUUUAGUUGGGUCAUUGUUUCGGCGAGGCGUUAAAGCGGUCUAAUCGAUACACUCGUAUAUACACAUACACGCGUAUUUUUAAAUGGGCUACCAUUAGGUACCACCGUUUCAUCGUAAUGAUUCGACUAUUAAUUAGUACUGUAACAACAUUAUAUCGCGUAUGCUAUGUUCAGCUUUUGUUCGUAAUAACUGUACUAAACCUUCGUGAGUUGCAAGAUUGUGUCCAAUAUGUACAUAUGUGCAUUUGGUUUCAGCGCGGAUUGGACACUUCUCGAUGCAGUUUGGAAAGCAGUCAAAUCUAAUGAGAGAAUUUUUUCUUAAUAUCCAUAAAUUCUCUUAUCUGAUAGAUUCUCUUAUCAGAAAUCAUCGGCUGCGUUUCAAACUCAGAGAAGUGCUAAACCGUUGUGAAACGGGUAUGCAACGGGUAUAUAUGACAUCAUCUUAUCGAUUCAACUUACGUUCGAUGCUAUCAUGUCAGUCGUUACAUUUUGUUGAACAAUAAAACAUUUGACUGUAAUCUUAAAAAUGUUACUGGAAUAUAUACUACGUAUAGAAAAGGCGGGUCAUUUUUUUUUACGACACUUAAAUCGCUUUCUUAUCAUGUGAAAGCACGGACCUUCCUUCUGAACUUUUUUUACCUGUGUAUUGCAAUGUAAUUUUUCUUUACCAAGUUAUUUAAUACUGAAAUAAAAUGCCACUUUAACUUCAGUUUAAUCCGCGAAAGUAGAUCGAAUUGAUGUGAGACACUCGUUAUAAGAGGUGAAUAGAAAGCUAAAAGUCUUUUCUUUAAAGCAAGUUCUUAAAAUAACUUUUAAGAAAAAUGAUUUUUCAAUAUAGAUACAAAUCAAGGAUGAAAUUGGAAAUUGAAUGUUUAUUUUUAAUUUGAUCUCAAUACAACUCGAUAUUGCCUACUGAA